AUGCCAACCAAAUCCCGUUUGAGGACGAGCGGAAGGGCAACCGGCUGUGCCCAAGGGCCGCCCACAGAGGCAGCGCCGCCAACACCCAUGCCACUUCCCCGCUGCGCCUCCCCCGCGCCUCUCCCGCAUGACUCACGGAGGAAUUGUGGGCGUGCGGGCGUGAGAGAUCAGGGACUCAGGACCUCCAGCCGGGAAGAGAUCCGGAGGACUUGGCCAGGAAGAAACAAGCCUAAAAAUACGUUCACUAGUCGAAGAUUCAAGGCUCUUCAUAACACGCGCUCUAUGCCGAGUCUGGGCCCACCAACGCAUUCACUGCAAGGAGGACACCCGCAGUCGCGACAAACACACGCAUUGCAGAUAGCCUCCUGUACUCCCGACAAGACUGACCCAGAUCUUGAUCAGUCUCAACGUACCCCCAGAAAGACAACACAUCACGGCCAGAGCAACAUCGACGUCAGUCUGCGACGACCGCCUGACCUCCUCAAGCCGCCCGCGCCGCCUCCCGCCGCUGACCACAGGGCCGCCCGCGCCGCCACCCGCCGCUUAUCCACAGAGCCGCCCGCGCCGCCACCCGCCGCUUAUCCACAGAGCCGCCCGCGCCGCCACCCGCCGCUGACCACAGAGCCGCCCGGUGCCAGCGACGCAGCGUCUGUUCCGCCGCAGCAUUCCGCGGCGGCGGCAUUUGCAUACCAGGUACCGGCGGCCGUUCCGGCGGACUGCGGGACAGAUGAUCAAAUAGAUAAAUAUAGAGAUAGAUUGUCAGAGAUGAAGACGAAGGCGCCCGUCUGCGGGCGAGGGCUCGCAAAGGAUCGGUUUACAGCCAGCGUAAUGCCAGGUACAUUUACUCGCACAACAGGAUCUAAUAGGAGUUUGGAGAAACGGCGAUUAAGACCAGUCAUUCCAGCGGCCCGCCCUCCCCUCACAUGCCCUCCCCCUCACAUGCCCUCCCCCUCACAUGCCCUCCUGCCCGCGCCCAUCCGCCCCUUUCCUCGGCCAGCAAAUGCAGCGCCAAGUAGAGCCAUUACGCAAACGGUUCCUAAACGCCGCGGCGGCGACCAUAACUGGCGCAGAAGUCGGUACUAA